AUGAACUGCAUCGAGAUUGAUUUUUUUAACAAAGAACGAAUUAAAUUCGAAAAUGUCAUUGGUGUCGGUGGUUAUGGAGUGCUAUACAAGGUGUAUUCGGAGCAAUACAAAAUAUUCUUUGCAAUGAAAAAAAUUCCUGAAAAACUUUUUAACAAAUUAGAGGUUGAUUGUUUAAUAUCCAUUGAUAAUCCUAAUGUUGUAAAUCUCUAUAAGUCAUAUAAAUCAAAUGGCUUCAUUUACUUAUUAUUGGAAUAUUGCCCACUUGACUUAGAUAGACUGUUGCAUGGAAACACACUUUCUAAUGAAGAAUUGAUUAAAUAUACUUAUCAAAUGAUUCUUGGCAUCAAAGCUUGUCACGAAAAUAAUGUUGCACACGGUGAUAUUAAGCCAUCAAAUUUUCUAAUUGACAAAUAUGGAAGGAUUAAAGUUUGCGAUUUCGGAUUAUCAUCAUACUUAAAUCAGGAGAGCAGAAUGUCAAAUUUCAGAGGAACAUUAUUAUUUAUUGCUCCAGAAAUUCUUAAACAAGAAGAAUUUUGUCCUGUAAAGGCAGAUAUUUGGGCUCUUGGAAUAACAAUUUACUUAAUGGCAACACAAAGAUAUCCGUACGAAGGCCAUACAAGCGAAGAAGUGUUAAAGCAAAUAGAAUCAAAAAAGAUUUCGUUGAAACAUAUUAAGAACGAAGUUAUUAGUAAUAUAAUUAGCAAAUGUUUGCAAAUCAAGCCCAAUAAAAGAGCAACAAUAAAUGAUCUGCAUAAAAUUAUAUCUAAGGAACCAUGCAUAAUUAGAAAUCCAAGAUCAACCAGGAGAGAAAAAGUUUUGAAAAAUUUUGUGAUUCGCAAGCAAUAUCAUGAUGUUUCUUGUUAA